AUGGCAGAUUAUCUCAUUCCUCAGAGUGGUGGAGGUCACCGGCGCGGUGUAACCUUCCUUAUGCUACUUCUUGUUGUCACGGUAACGCCGCUGUGCGGAAUGCGUGUAGCAUAUGGCAAAGGCAUUCACGUCACAGUGGUAGCGCCAUGGAACGAGACAUCGUUCCUGCAAGAGGGAUGUGAAUGGGAGGCCGCACACAACGCCCUACAAGACGGUUUUUACACAUGCCUACAGAAUGUAUGGAGCCACAUUACUACAGACAACAGUAGUGGUGGUGCACUGGCAUUGACGCAGAAAUCUCAGUAUGAUAUGUUGCUAAGUGUAAUGGAAGGCGCCAGGCGGCCGCCCAGUCAAGUGGCGUUGCUGAAAAUGAAUCUUGCGGCACGGGUGUACUCCCCUGCAGUGGAGGCGCAUUGGCAGUUGGCGCGAAGGUCCGUGAGUCUCAUUGGUGGGUGUUCCGCUGAAGGCCGUCCCUUUGUGUUGGUUGCGGGCGUCGCCAUCUGCGACGAACAGCUUCUGCAGAAUAUGUUGGAAGCUUCACUCACGAAUGUAAAGAAUGACGAUGAUAAAGGGGAAACUGCGGCGCUAUUUCCCAAACUAGAUCACAUUCACCCGCAAUCACGAGGACAGAGGACCGUCAUCCUCUACGGCAUCGUUGGUGAGGAACGGACAAUGCAGCUCCUUCGCGUUGUGGAGCGACACCUCGACAGGGUGUGCCUAGCGUUCCGGCACCUUCCUCUGUGGGGAGCAAUGUGGAAGAAUGCCCUCUCUGUGCAAGGAUACGGCGUAACGGUCGAUCUGAAGAACAUUGAGUACAAGGCGAUGGAUGAAAAGAAAGGUGAUGCAGGCACUGAACGGGAUGAGGUGAAUGUCAGGGAGGUGGGCGAUAGCACAGAGCCCGUUGGUGGUUUUGAUGUGCAACUGCUGAAGCAGCGAUACCCUGAACUAAAGGCAAAUCUGAGCAGCUUCGCGGAAUUCGUCGCGGAAAUAAUUGACCGCGAUGAAGUUAAGGUUGACUUUCACAUUUGGGAGAUACAGAAUAUGGGAAGUGCAGCUGUGCAGCAUGUAAUGAGUGCAGACAACGACGAGCAGCUAGGUGUAUUGCUGAAUUUACUCAUGAACUUUCCUUUGCAUGCGUCGAGAUUGUCCAAAAUGGGCUCCGCGGCUAACGCGAAGAUGGACAAUGCGAUGCGGAAUACGAUGGCAGAAAUAGCAAGCGUGGUGCACCCGGGUCAGGUGCUAGUUUUCUUUAACGGUCGCCGUGUGCAAACCCCACAAUAUAGUCUCUUCUCUCUCCUGCAAAUGAUGGAGGAGGAGGAGCAGAUGCUCGAAGGUUUGACGCGGGUUCUCACUAGUCACCGUAUUCCCUCCGAGAAUGAUCAUGGGUUUGCAUCGGUCAGUGCAGGUGUCAUGAACAAGGUGCUCAAUUGGGUCACGCGAACGGUGCGGCAGCAAACACCAGAGAAGGGGUCGGAGGAGGACGAACCCUCACGCCGCAUCUGGAUUCCGAAGCAGAAUAUAUUCUGGCUCAACGACAUGGAGGGUGAUUCUGCGUAUGACCACUUGCCAGAUAGUCUGGAGGCAAUUCUCUCUGUUGGUUUUAACGGCAUGCCAACUUUUCCCCAGAAGAAUCUUUUCCACGUUGUGUGCAUUGCAGACCCGACGACAGCCAUGGGCCUACAGACAAUCAACAUGAUGCUGCAGUUGGAGUCUCGGAAACAGCCGCUGCGCCUGGGCAUCGUCUUAGCGGACACGCACUGGUCUCCGGAGAUUAAGGUCACGGCAGAAGGGGCGGAAAUGAUCACAGAGACGGUGGUAUCGGGUGCCACCGCCGCCAUCACAGCCACUGUGUGGGAACUCUUGAGCGAUGGAGAGGGCCUGCCGGUGAUAAUGGGGUUCUUUGCUCAACUGGCGCGACUGUUGGAGAUACACGAUGUGAUUAAUGAGGAGAGCGUACAGAUAGUGGCGACGGAUGCCCUUUUGGCAGCAGGGAAGCGUACGCUAAAUGACCUCAUGGUCGAUCCUAAAUUCGUUGUUUUCUAUCAGGAGACGCAAGAACAGCUUUUCAUGAUGCAUCUGAAGGAUCUGCCAGUCACUCUACUAAACGGUAAAAUGUUUCCGGAAGGCAUCGUAUGGGCCCUUCGUAAUGGCUUAUCAAGGGAACUGCACUACGUGCGUCAGUUAGUCCACAAAAACAAACUCCAGGAUACAGACAAGAACCUUUACGACUCUAUCAUGCAGCAUGGUGGGGCUCUGCAGCGUUACAGUGCGGCUCUUUACGAGGAUGAAACAUACGUUGACUGGACGUCCAAGUCAGUGCUGGACUUCCUUCACUACCGACGGUUUUUGUUACCUUAUUCACAUGCAGGGGAAGUGCCGCUUGUGAGCGGCGUCGUAGUUCUCCGCGCCGCAGUGACACCGCGAAAUCUCAACGCCAUUUUGAAAGCCACCUGGCAGCUCAUGCAGUGUGAAGAGGGGGCACAUGACUGCAGUCGUGUUCGUCUCACAUAUGCUGUUUGUGGAGUUGUGCAGCGAGCCGGUCGGCGUACAGUGUGGGGGGAUUUGGAGCGUCUCCUGCUGACAGAAGACGGUUCAGGGGAAAAGCGGCAGCUGAGGUUGGUGUAUGACUUCCUCGCCACCGUCGCCAAGAAGAGUGCGCAGAGACUGGAUGACCCCGCUGUGUAUGAGAGUUUUGUUGCGGAUAUGAACUUCUCUCCCGAGCUUCACAGCAUCUUGGAUUCCCCUGCUGCGAGCACAGCUACCCAGCAGCAACAGCAACACGCUCUCGUAGAGGGCUUCUGCACGCAGAUGGAUAGGCAGUUGUCAGCAGCGAAUGGUCAUACCGCUGAAGAGGCGGCGGAGCAGACGGAAAAGAAAAAGGAAGAGGCUGUGUACUACUAUGCCAAUGGGCGCCGCUUUGUGUACGAUGAUAAAUUUGUGGACGAUGACUUCGCAGACGCCUCACUAUUGGAGAUGUCGUACGCCAAAAUCGUCCAAAGCGUGCUUGCAAAAGUGAAGUUUGAAAAGAUGAGUACCGAGCUGCAGCAAGCCGGGCUUGACAACAGCUUCUACGCAAGCAAAAUCACCGCACUGGCAGCACUGAUGAAACGCGAUGCGGCUCAUGGCGGCCACGGUGAGGAGAAACGGCUGCUGCCGCCCGCCCCUGGCCCGCUGUCUUUUGUGGUUGGCCCAGCAAAGGGCACCGUGCCGCGGCACAAGCUGACUAUCGUAGUUGAUCCUAUUGGGCGGCAGUCACAGCUUCUCGUCUCGCUGUGCGACUACAUCGCCCGCUCGCCCAUUGGUGCUGUAUGUGCUGUGUAUCUUAACCCGUCACAGAGAGUCGAUAAGCCCAUGCGCAACUUUUACCAGUUUGUUGGCGAUGCACAUGUGCAUUUUGAUGCGGCAGGGCGUGUGGUACCACCGGCUGCAGUGUUUGGACGGCUGCCGUCGCAGCAUUUGCUCACGCUCGGUGUGGAGGAGCCAGAGAGCUGGACGUUAUUUCCAAUGGAGGCAAAGUAUGACCUUGACAACAUUGUCCUCGCCAAGCUGCCAACGGCUUCAUACUACCUGUACGCCACCUACCGCCUCAACUCGAUCCUCAUCACGGGUACCGCAAAGGAGACUGGAAUGUCCUCUCCGCCGCGUGGCCUUCCGCUUAUGCUGCGCUCGUCAAGGGAUGCAGCGCCCGCUGCUGCCGCUGGCGUCACUCGCGAUACACUCGUGAUGGCAAACUUGGGCUACUUCCAGCUCCAGAGCGCACCGGGUGUUUGGUACCUUACUGUGCAGCCGGGUGACAUCGCGACUGCCUUCUACAUCUCCCGCAUCAACAAAGCGCAGGUCAGCAACGCGGCAAAUGGGCCCAAUAACGGUGAGUUCAACUACACCUCAGGUCAGUCCAUUCCCAUUGUGGUCACCUCUUUCAAUGGGGAGUACAUGACGCUAGAGGUAGCUAAGACGCCGGGCCACAAAACGACGCUCAUUCAGGACCUCGUGGCGGCAUCCGACACACGUGCGGAAUGGCCGCCGCGGGGGCCACGCGCAAAGCGGCCAGAGCGCCCGACGCUUAACAUUUUUUCCGUUGCCUCGGGCCACCUCUAUGAACGUUUUCUGCGCAUGAUGAUCCGCAGCGUGAUGCUAACCUCGUCCGAUGUCCACGGCGCCAACACCACUAGGAUAAAGUUCUGGUUAAUUGAGAACUUUUUGUCCCCACAGUUCAAGGAGCUCGUCCCGCUUCUGGCGGAGCACUACGGUUUUGACGUGGGCUUUGUCACGUACCGCUGGCCGUGGUGGCUAAACAAGCAGACAGAAAAGCAGCGCACUAUAUGGGCGUACAAGAUCCUUUUCCUGGACGUCCUGUUCCCACUCGAUGUGGAGCGUAUCAUAUUCGUUGACGCUGACCAAACAGUGCAGUCGGACUUGCACGAGCUGUAUAAUAUGGAUAUUGGCAACGCUCCUGUGGCGUACACACCCUUCUGCAGACGACACCCAAACAAGGCGACGACGAACUUCCGCUUCUGGGACCGCGGGUUCUGGGUGGACCACCUCCGCGGGAAGCCGUACCACAUCAGCGCCAUUUACCUCGUUGACGUGCGGCAGUUGCGCGCCAUUGCGGGGGGUGACCAGUACCGUAUGGUGUACAGCCAGCUCAGUCGUGACCCGAACAGCCUGGCGAACUUGGACCAGGAUCUCCCCAACUACAUGCAGGAGCAGGUGCCCAUAUUCUCGCUCCCAGAGGAAUGGCUCUGGUGCGAAACGUGGUGUGGGGAAGAGAGCAAGGCACGGGCAAAGACGAUUGACCUCUGCAAUAACCCGCUGACGAAGAUCCCGAAGUUGGAAAAUGCGAAGCGCAUCAUUGACGGCUGGGAGGACAUUGAUGCUGAGCUGGAGGCCCUCUCGGAGAAGCUUCGCAAGCAGCACAGCAAGAAAUAG